AUUUCUGUGUAUCACCUGAGGCCACUCAUUUCACUAGGUAUAUUGUUUCUAAACCCAGGACCCUGCAUUCACUAUAUCUGGUCUCCCCGGACCCUGCAUUCACUAUAUCUGGUCUCCCCGGACCCUGCAUUCACUAUAUCUGGUCUCCCCGGACCCUGCAUUCACUAUAUCCGGUCUCCCCGGACCCUGCAUUCACUAUAUCCGGUCUCCCCCCGGACCCUGACCCUUCACUAUAUCCGGUCUCCCCGGACCCUGCAUUCACUAUAUCCGGUCUCCCCGGACCCUGCAUUCACUAUAUCCGGUCUCCCCGGACCCUGCAUUCACUAUAUCCGGUCUCCCCGGACCCUGCAUUCACUAUAUCCGGUCUCCCCGGACCCUGCAUUCACUAUAUCCGGUCUCCCCGGACCCUGCAUUCACUAUAUCCGGUCUCUCCGGACCCUGCAUUCACUAUAUCCCGGUCUCCCGGACCCUGCAUUCACUAUAUAUGGUCUCUCCGGACCCUGCAUUCACUAUAUCCGGUCUCUCCCGGACCCUGCAUUCACUAUAUCCGGUCUCCCCGGACUCUGCAUUCACUAUAUCCGGUCUCCCCGGACCCUGCAUUCCACU